AUUAGCUGAAAUGUAGUUGAAUUAUGUGAUGUUAGGGAUUCCUGCAUAAAGGUUAAAACUUUGGAAAAUGUAAAAUAGAUAAUUUCAAUGUGAUUGAACCUUAAAAUUCAGAAUUCCCUGUUUCAUUAUCUUGGAUAAAGAUGAUGUUUUCGAACUUGUAUUGUUUACCACCUUUCCUUCUGCAUACCAAAUGUUUUUCUGAUUUGUUACAGGUACCUAUCGCCAAUGCUAUAUUUUUUUGUGGUGACCGGGUUGAAGGGUCGGGUAACCCAGUGAUUGAGAGGAUAUCAAAUUUACAAAAACUAUCCGAAAUUGUUGUGACCAAAUUUGGUUCUUCAAUCAAUGCUUGGGUUAUUGAGGCUUCUGUUUUUAAUGGACCUUUUGCUGUCUACAAGGACUUCAUACUGUCCAUGAAUCAAUACGGAGAACCAAGUUCAUAUAAUCCAAAUGGUUUCCCUGCAUCUACAUCAACUGUGUCACUCUUAUCUAAUUGCCUGGAAGAAGCAAAAAAAGUCAUCUUAGGAACGCAAGUAGAUUCAAAGUCUGGCUUCACUUCUGCCUGUUCUUUCUCUCAGCCCCAGACAUUCAUCCUUGGAUUUAGCAAAGGUGGAACUGUGCUGAACCAGAUAGUUACUGAAAUGGGAUUCUCAGACAUUGGUUCUAACGUGAAUUCACCCGAUGUGGGAUCUGAGGAUAUUUACGUUGUUCCCAAAACAAAGGAAGACUUACUGAACAGCAUCAGCGAUAUUCAUUAUGUUGAUGUUGGUCUGAACACUGCUGGGGCAUACCUAACUAACCAUGGUGUGUUUGAGAGAAUCUCUAAAAGGCUCAUGCAAGGAGCUCCUCAAGUCCGUUUUAUCCUUCAUGGAACACCGAGACAAUGGAGUGACAAGCGGCGUGAUUGGAUACGGAAUGAAAAAGAUAAAAUGCUGCAUCUUCUUGAAUCUGAAGUGCCUAAGAGUUUGGGAAAAAUAAAAGUAUUCUCAAGGUAUUAUUUUGCUGAUAUGCCUCCAAGUAUGCAGAUGCACUUUGAAAUAAUAGAAAGUUUAGACGUAAGUUAGCACUUCAUACUCGAUGGGUCUAAUGAUAGAUUUCUUAGUUAUGAGGAUAAAUGCAAGUAAUGUACAUUCGUUCUACUUGAAUGUUUCAAAGAACAGUUAUAGUUUAGUUACAUUUAUCCUUAUAAUGAUGGCAUUUUUCGGUGGACUAGCAACA